AUGCUGCGUUUCGUGUGGCUCUCCGGGCUGUCGCUGGUCUCGGCCAGCUUUCGGGGACCUGAUCCGCAAAUUCCACUCGGCCUGCAGGCACCAGGAAUCACAUUCUCCUCCCAGUGGCAGAUCCUGGGGCCCUUCCGGCUUGGGACGCGAGAGGCCAUCUGGGGCGCAGACCCGUUGGAACAGGAAGGCGGCUUUCGCAGUCGGCAAUAUGAUCCCGAGGCCACAUUCAACAGCGCCCUCGCCACGAAUGGGACCGUGAAAUGGGCGGCUAUUCAAGCUGACCCCGAUUCCUCAGCCAGUCGGACCAAGGCUGUCCUUACAUUGAGCUUUCCCGAGGUCAAUUGGGGGUUCUUGCAAUCCGUCUAUGGUUGGUCAGCCCUCCAAUAUCAAGCAUGGGCGCGCGGGACCCUGGAUAUCCAAGGCGUCGAGGACCAGACGGUUGCCCUCUGGGCUUGUGGCCUCUUAGAGUUUUGGAUCGAUGGCGAACAGCACUUUGGAGGAGAUAUCUAUCACUACCGCAGAGCUCCCAGCCUGAUAAAGCUGUCUCCGGGGCCCCAUGUAGUAGAUCUGCGGUUGACCCGCGACGUCCGGGCCCAGGGAGGGUUGGAUAGUAGCAUGGACGUACUUAUCGAAGCUGAGCUGCGAGGAGAGCCCGUCACUGUGGACCAACGCAGCCUGGUGGUGUCUGAGCUGACUGACAGCAAAUUGGGAGGUAUAUGGGCCUCGGUUCAUUUGCAAAACAACAUAGCUGCUCCGGUCGAAAUCCUGUCCAUUAGUGCUCCCAAGACCCAGCAUCGCCUAUCACUUGAAAGGGCUCUGGAAAUGGCGGGCUAUCAGACUCGGCCAUUGGUGUUCAGCAUCUCCCUGACCGAAUCAGAUACAAAUCGUCUUACGGUACACAUUGAGUACCGGCUUGCUGGACAAAAGGACGGACCGACCAUGAUUCUGCCAUUUGAUAUCAGUCUCAGGGAGAGACAUCUGUCCGAAGCCCAACGAUUCACUUAUCGUCACCCGUCGGGUGGUGUCUCGUAUGCCAUCUUACGACCUCCGACCUCUUGUAACAUUUUGCAUGGUCCCGCUGCUUUGCCAGUGAUGCUUGUUCUCCAUGGUGCGGGACUGGAUGUAGACAGCGCGGAGGCUCGCGCCAUGUUGGACGGAGCAUAUGGAGUAUGUGCCUGGAUGUUGUUUCCGAGUGGUGUCACCUCAUGGAGUGGCGAUGACUGGCAUCACUGGGGCAACGCUGAUGCGCAGGCUGCACUCUCUGCCAUCCCGGAGUGGAUGGCCAAUGUUGGAUGGAAGGGCCCGAGUGCUUCCUUGCAUGAUUUGAUCCUGAUCGGUCAUUCCAACGGCGGCCAAGGAGCGUGGUAUUACGCUACACAUUACCCCGAUCAAGUCGCUGCUGUAGCUCCCGUGUCAGGCUACACUUCCAUUGAGAACUAUGUCCCCUAUAGCAUGUGGCAAAAUCUUGAGCCGUCACUCUUGUCCGUGCUGCUCCGCUCUCGGGCUUCCUACAAGCACGAGUUGCUGUUGGAGAACUUGGCGGGGAUUCCAGUGGUGCAGCAACAUGGCUCUGAUGAUGAUAACGUGCCUGCAUAUCACUCGCGUCUGAUUCACGAGCUGCUUGACCAGAUCUCCUGGCCAUCAAAGUACAACGAGCUUCUCGGAGCUGGUCACUGGUUUCCCGGUGUGUUGACAACCCCGUUCCUCCAACAGUUUUACCACGACAUGGCCACCAGCCCGCGAACUUCGACGGAAAUACCCGACAACUUCACCAUCGCGAUCCCGGCCACUGGUGUCAUCGGAUCCAAAGCCGGGAUCCAGGUAGACCAACUGCAGUCGCCGGAUCAGAAUGGUGAAAUGGCCAUCACUCGCCAUCCGGAGAGUCGGACGUGGGAUGUGCGUUGUCGCAACAUCCGCCGAUUCCACCUGGCGGACGUUGCUCGUCAGAUCGAGGUUCCGGAUGUCGUUAUUCUGGGUGAUACCCAUUUUGUUGUCGAUCAUGACCAACUUGGACAGACUUGGUACCUGCAGGACAACCUGGGGGAGUGGACUGCUUCCCAUGAUCCCAGUUGGCGGUUGAUCUCUGGGCGGUAUGGUCGCCAACUGGGAGGAAUUGAUGCCAUGUUACGCUCUGACGGUAGGGUUCAGAUCAACCUGUGCUCGGCUGGCGUCCAGGACGUUGCAAUCCAGAUUAGCCGCAACCUGGUUCAAUAUUUUUCUGCGGAUGCAGACAUCGUUCGCGGAUGCUUCCCGGAUGGUCCAGGGAAUGCCAUCACCCUGGCCAUGGGGAACGAUCUUCCUCCGUCCCAGCUCGACACAUACCCAAUCCAUCCGGACCAAGGUCGCUUGUUAGUUAGUUCGCCCCAAUCGCCGCCACAGGGGUAUGCAUACGAGCCGGGGCUGGGGGCCGUGUUUCUGCGGCCGUUGGCGGACGAGCGUGUGGAGCUCGUUGUCUGGGGUGCCGACGUGGCCGGUUUGCGACAGGCCGCUCGCCUGGUGCCGACGGUGACGGGCGGGGGGCAGCCGGACUAUGCGGUGCUGGGGGACGAGGGUCGCUGGCGAGGUGCGGCGGGAGUGUUAGCUGCCGGUCAUCUGGACUGGUCGUGGCAGGUGUCGCGCAGUUCUUUCUCAAGCACCUCCCUAGGUAGUGAAGUCCCCAGAAGCAAGAAGCAGAAGUUGGAGCACAUGAAUGCCGACUCCUUAGCUGGACCGCCUUCGGGACUGGAGAGGAUACUGGCCAAACUCUCUCCAAAGGAGGCUCUUGCCAGCACUUCUCCCAGUUCCCAAAACACUUCAACUCCCGAUUUGUUGCCGCCUCAAGACAUUGCGGAUACCUCGGAACUGCUUCGUCUCAAACAAGAGCUGCUUGCCGCAAAUUCUAAAAUAGCCUGUCAGGAGCAAGAGCUGGCUCAAACCCGCGUGAUUAAGCAUACCCUGGAUCAAGCCCUCGGGCCACCCUCCGAAGUCGAUUUUGGUGGCGGUCAUGAGAUUACCGAACAGACCACCAGCCAUUUGCAGAAUGCAUUCAAUGCCUCAAAUCCCACCACGUUCACUCAGGUCCAGGACCCGUGGCAUGCACAAGAUGAUUCCCAGUCUGAUAUCUCGGACGCCCUGUCGGCAGGGGCCUACAAUCGGACUCGCGGGCUGUGGUCUCAACAUGGGCAGCAGUCACUUGGGGUGGGCACAAAUGGAACAGCUUUUGAUAAUACAUACGAGGCUCUUCCGGGAUCAAGCAAUUCCCUGGGCCAGGACCCAACCCGAUUCUGGGGCAGCUCGACAUUUGCAAGUCGUGGUGCUCUUCCGUCCCACAGAGUGUUUUCGGGCCCUUCGUAUGGAUUCCAGUCCCGCCCCCUGGUGAGCAUAUUUGGUCUCUUCCAGCUCCAAAUCUCGGCCCUCGUCGAGUCAUCACCCAAGGAACCGGCGGCUCGCCUUCGUUUCCAGCCACUACCACUUUUUGGAGUGGGGUUCCUAACGGAUCUGUCGCAACUGGGGGUCUACCCGAUCCCUUAUCAAACGCCGUCGGUUGGGACUCCUCUGUCACCCACGGCCACUGAAUUCACGUCAGCCAGCUCAAAUGCUACCUCCUGGGCAACUUCAAGAACCUGCGGGGACUCCAUUCAGACGUAUAUGUCUCCGCUCGAGCCACUCAACUACCGACGUCUUCUCGACAAAAACGUUUCUUGCGACUGGAAGUACAUUGUGGACAAGAUUGUCUGCAAUAACGAUCAACAAGCUUCUAUCUUUUUGCAGCAAAAGCUCAAGGUCGGCACCACGGAGCUGAAGUACGACAUCAUCGAGGCCAUCGUGAACCAGGCGUAUCCACUCAUGGUGAAUCGAUUUGGCAACUUUCUGAUCCAGCGCUGCUUUGAGCAUGGGACCCCGGAACAAGUCGUUGCCAUUGCGAACGCAAUUCGAGGAAACACGCUCAACCUGAGCAUGGAUCCUUUCGGCUGUCAUGUGAUCCAAAAGGCCUUCGACUGCGUCUCCGAGGAACACAAGGCAGUUAUGGUCCAUGAGCUCUUGCGCCGCAUCCCAGAGACGCGACCGGCGAUUGAAGAAGUGCUGGGCAAGAUCGAUGUGCUCGCACGGGGCCAGUUUGGUAACUGGUGUAUCCAACACAUCUGCGAACAUGGGGCUCCUCAUGACAAGAGCCGUGCCAUCGAACAUGUUCUCCAUUGGGCCGUGGACUACAGUAUGGAUCAGUUCGCCUCCAAGAUAGUAGAGAAAUGUCUGAAGAUCGGAGGAUCUGAGUUCCUGGAGCUCUAUCUUUCUCGAGUCUGCACUGGCCGCGCUGACCGACCCCGGAUGCCGUUGACUGAUAUUGCGGGUGACCAGUAUGGCAACUAUCUGAUCCAAUGGAUCUUGAUGAAUGCCGCGGCUCACCAGCGGGAGCUUGUCGCCAGCCAUAUUCGGAAACACAUGGUCUCGCUCCGUGGCUCCAAAUUCGGCUCUCGUGUCGCGAUGCUCUGUUGCAAUCCAUCUCAUGCCACCCGCCCCGGCCCUGGUGCUGGCAUGCAAAUCGGCCGUUUCAACCAGUUUACCGAGGACAGGCUUUCCAACACAAGCCAACCAAGCGGGCGCUUUGGUCGUGGAGGACCAUGGGGCCCCACUUAUACGCCUUUUCGUUGA